GCCUGCCACUUUAAAAAAAUGCUUGCUGUACAUCCCUCCUUUUCUGUUUUCAGCUUGGCCUCUAUCAACAAUAAAAUGAGUAAAGAGUAUUGUUCUACCACUAAUCCUGACAUUGUACAAGACAACAUUAGCCUGGCUCUCUUUGACUUUCCUUUCUGCAGAGAUUGGACAAGAGGAGAAAGUGCAGUACCCACUGGUAGAAGCAUGAUUGCAGUAAUGCAAAAUCCACAACUACCUCUCACCAGAAAUUACAACUUUAUACAUUUACACAUUGACAAAAUAAUAAACCCUCCAGAAUGAGAAGAGGACAAAGAUAGCAAAUAGUUUCAAACUUCUAAGUCUACCCACAUUCACCUAUUAUAUCUUCAAUUCAUAAUCUGGAUGUAGCAUCUUUCCGCACAAAAAAGUAGCUCAGAAUCUGCAUUACAGAAGUUUACUUCCAAGUGCCUCCCACGUAUCUCAAGGUUUGCAAAGAGCUUAUUCUUGUACACAACAGAGAGCAACUGAAUUCCUCUGACUGUAAACUGAGACUUCCAUCUGUGUAAGGCAAACAUAUGAUAAAGACAGUAGCUUUCACCAGUUGGCAAGACCAGAUCAAGAUCCAACAAAAUGAAUCUUUCCCUUCAUAAUUUAAUUCAGACCGUCUUUUUGUCAAAGUGAAGA